UCUGUUACAUUUUGCAAAGGCAUGACCACCAAAAUGGCGGAUAACGUUGUUUUAUCGCACAUGUGAAAAGUUUCAGCAUCGAUUUUGCAAGUUCUUCUUUUUGUCAGCUGAUUGUAACCAUCCACAAUGAACAUUGCCCAUAAGAUAAACGAGAAAACCCGAACGGGAGAUGUAUUGAUUUCCGAGGAGGUGGAUUUUUCUUCGCUCCUGCUAUCAAAGCCUGUGAUUCAAGGCCUCCAGAACUCUGGGUUUGAACGGCCGUCACCAAUACAACUAAAAGCUAUCCCGCUAGGCCGGUGUGGACUAGAUUUGAUAGUUCAAGCAAAGUCAGGAACUGGAAAAACAUGUGUCUUUUCUGUCAUAGCUCUCGAGGCAAUACAAGUGCAAAGCUCUGCUAUUCAAGUAUUGGUCCUCGCUCCAACAAGAGAGAUUGCUAUACAGAUCUGGGAUGUGAUAAAAAAUAUUGGCAGUGCCAUGUCAGCACUGCGAUGUCACACUUUCAUUGGUGGUCUUCCACUUAGCGAAGAUAAACAAAACUUGAAGAAAUGUCAAAUUGCUGUAGGAACACCUGGUCGCAUUAAGCAGCUGAUCGAGACAAACUUGAUGAAUACUGAGAACGUUCGACUAUUUGUGCUAGACGAGGCAGAUAAACUUCUAGAAGAUAGUUUCCAGGAACAAAUCAACUGGAUCUAUUCAGCACUACCUGACAACAAACAGAUGUUGGCCUUGUCAGCCACUUACCCAGAAUCCCUUGCCCAGCAUCUGACACGCUACAUGCGGAAUCCAACGUUCAUGAGACUCAACAUCUCAGAUCCUGCGCUUCUGGGUAUCCGUCAGUACUACAAGAGCGUGGCGUUCAGUCCCAUGGCCAACCUGGCAUUUGAGGCCAAGACGAAGGCUGUCAUCGAGAUUCUGUCAGGCGUCAGCUUCCAGCAGUGUCUCAUCUUCUCCAAUCUACAGACCAGAGCUCAGAACCUGUCUGAUGAACUGCAGAGGCAGGGGUGGCCGACAGCCUGUAUAGCCGGCAGCCAUGAGCAGAAGGACAGACUCGAGGCCAUGGCCAAACUGAAGACUUACAAGUGCCGUGUUCUCAUCUCCACAGAUCUGACAGCCCGAGGUAUUGAUGCAGAUAAGGUCAACCUAGUCAUCAACCUUGACGUCCCACGGGACCAUGAAACCUACCUUCAUCGCAUCGGGAGAGCAGGGAGAUUUGGAUCGUACGGUGCUGCUGUGACAGUGAUCAGUGAAGGACAGGAGCAGCUGGGUCUGUCUGCGGUGGAGAGGAAGUGCAACACCAACAUCAACAGCCUGCCAGAUCCUCUUCCUAGGGACCUGCUGAGAGUGACUGUCCAGAUCAACCUUGAUGACAUGGUCACAACAGAGCAACUAAUCACAAGGCCGGACUGCGGGAAUAGGUCACGUGACCUCCCUGCGACCAGUGAUAAAAGUCGAGACAAGGACCGAAAGCUGGAAGAAACAAAACACGAGAAGCAGAAUACUGAUAUUGAUGCAGGGGACGUGAGUUUAGUCAAUGGAUGUGCUGGAGGAGGCCGAGGUGAUGUUGAUGAAGAGACAGGGAGUGAGAAUAUAUGUACACAAUCUUCCACAAAUGGGAUCAUUUCUGACAAACAUUCUUCAAAUACCUCAGAAAGAUUACCAGAGAAUAUUGGCAAAGGUGUCUUGAUACUUCCAGAAAUAUCUUCACAAAUAAAACAGCCGAAGUCUGAGUACUUGUUACAAGACCCUCAAAGUAGUACCGUUGAACCAGGUAUGGUCCCUAUGUUACAGCCAGCAAAAUGUCUGAUGGACGAAAAUAAACGAGACACAAAUAGUGUGGACAGCAGAGGUGGUCCCUCUGAAAACAACAAACCCGGUGGGGACAACAGUGGACAGACCGUGAGUGGUUGUGAUGUUAAUCAAACUUCGGACCACACCUUGUUGACUGAUUCUGGAAAAAAAAUGUCAGAUGGAAGAAAGAUAAAGACAGCUAAGAAAGGUCGAAAGAGGAAAGCUAAUAGCGACUCGAUCAAGGAAUCUCAGUCAGAUCCUUCUUCGUAUGAAGAGAAAAGUGUUGCCAUGGUUACACAAAUAAAUGGACAAACACAAGGCAGUUCUACUGACAGUGCUGUUGCAACAAGUAUUAAAGCAUUAUUAGGCACCAGGCAGAGAAUCUGCUCAGGCGCCAUGAAUCAGAUUGAGUUAACGGUUCCAAGCUACAGGGAAUCACUGGGCAGGAAGAAGCUGACGAAUCCACACACUUACAGCAGUGCUCUUGUUGACUAUGAGACGUUCUUGGAACAAGGUGACAAUGGUAAAAGUGUGCCGAAUAUUCCUGGGCUUGUUUUGAGGAAGAUUGACCAUGAAAAGAAGGAUUCAACCCCGGACGCAGACUUUGUGAGGAGUGUCGCAGAUUGUGUUGACAGGAUGUACGAUUGUGCUCUGUCCCAGAUACCGUUAAGGGGAGACAAUCAUGACAUGUCGAAUGAAAGUGUUGGCGAUGCUACAGCAGAGCUCUCUGUGAUGCCGGUGUCUAGAGGUCAGAUGUGUAGUAAAACGACACAAACAACAGCACCUGCUCAAAAGUUCAACCAGAGACCCAAGUCGGUCCGGUACGAUCCCAUGUCUGUGUCAUCUCUCGCCAUGGUUGACCUUGACCUUGCUGUCAGGGAAAACAAAGAGAAUUUCCCCCAAAAUGUCUCCAAUAACAAAGCAAUUCCCUUACAGUGUGUUGAAGGAUUGGAGAGAGAUACACGUGUUCCAGUUCCAACUGCAGAUGGUGAACUACCAAACCAGAAAGGUCAUGUUGGGGAGAAACGUUCCAAAGAGGAUGAACAUGUUUUGGUAGAAAAGGUUAAGCUGUCUAAGGUCAAGGUCGGUAGUUUGUCAGUGAAUGAGUACAGUGUUGGAUGUAAGGCUAAAGUAGAUGAUGUCUCAAAUAUAGCAAUGCUAAGGAAUGGCUGUGAGUUGAUGUAUGUGUCGGAUGGAGUGGGGAGGAUCAGCAUGGCUGCAGAUGCUGUCACAGUUGAGGAGCAGCUGAUGAGGGACUGCAGACCAAGGUCGAGGAAAGGGAAGAUGAUGGCCGGCCUGGAUGGCCUCGAGUACGGCAGGAAGUGUGGGCGCCAUCUCCCUGACCAGCUCUACGGGACCGGAGGGGAAGUUGUCAGUCAGGGAGACACGGACAGCUCCGACUCGGACUCGUCCAGCUCAAGUUCCGAGUAUGACCGAGAAGUGUUCAGGAAUAACUAUGUUGAUGACCCAGUGUUCACCACAAGAAGGCAGCCUGAUGAUACAUACGAGAGAAGAAACAGGGACAGACAUUCCGAUCAUUACUCCUCAGGAUAUGAUAACGAAGCUGAUUACUUGCCCUACGACAAUCAGUACGUGUUUGACGAACAGGACACUACGAAUGUGCAAUACAGUGACCAGGUGUGGGGCAAUGAUAAUGAUUUCCAACCCAACAUGUCCAGUUAUCCAUACGAUGUUUGGUCUCAGCCAUGGGGGAACCCGUGGGGGUACUACCACCCCCAUCCCAAUUGGUACCCCCCUCCAUAUUACGCUCCCCCUCAGUACUAUCCCAGUCCCUACCUGUACCCACCUGCCCACUGCCCAGCCCCCCCUCAUCCCAUGUGGUAUGGGGGUGGGGGAGGUUAUGGAAGGGUAGGACUGACAGAUGAAGAAAGAAUUGAUGCUAUGAGAAAAAAUAUGGAGUAUCAGAGAGCAUAUAUUAAGAAAAUGGCAAAAAUCAAGUAUUAGACCAUAAUCAAUGUUAUUUGUCAGGGAUGAAAGGAGUGCUGUUGAGACACAAUGUUGCAUUUGUGCUUAUGAGUUAUUAAUAAUAAUAUUACACAUUUAACAAAUAUGCUGUUCAAAAAGGUUAUCUACAAUGUUACUGAUGUUUCCACUACAGUCGUUAACUUUGUGUCGACACAAAGACUGAUCACGUCGUCAAAAUUAGCAAUCUAACAAACUUAAGCAAUAGUAAAACAUCCCUUAGCCAUGGCAGCCAUUAGCAACUAGAUCCUUGUUCUGUAAUAUGCAAGAUGGCUGGUCUUGAAUUGUCUAGGUAUUUUUCAAGAAAAAGACUAAAAUCGUCUUCAAAUUAAUGCAUGAUAUUUUGUGGCAAUUUCUUCACAGAUGAUUUGUCCGUUAGAUAUAAUAUUUGGAUGGCAAAUACAUUAACACUUCUCAUGAUGGUGAUGCUGUCUCCGGAGUUACGUGUUAGUUGUACAUGUUUGUUACCAGGGUAAAUAUUGUUACUAUAUACCAUAAUAUACCUACAAAUAACUACUGUGUCUGUGAUAUGGAAAUAAACAAUGUUCCAAAUGUGAA